CAGCAUCACCAACUCGGCUAUAUAACCUGAGCGCCCGCGCCGCCUGGACACGAGGAAUUCGCCCCACGCAGAAGGCACGGCGUCCGGAGGCCCCAGGGUUAUGAGACCAUCACUGCUCAGGACUUACUAACAACUACAGGAAACCUAAACAUGACCAAAUCGUACAGCGAGAGUGGGCUGAUGGGAGAGCCUCAGCCGCAGGGUCCUCCGAGCUGGACAGACGAAUGUCUUAGUUCUCAGGACGAGGAGCACGAGACAGACAAAAAGGAGGACGAUCUCGAAGCCAUGAACGCGGAAGAGGACUCACUGAGGAACGGGGGAGAGGAGGAGGAAGAAGAGGAGGAUCUGGAAGAGGAGGAAGAAGAGGAAGAGGAGGACGAUGAUCAAAAGCCUAAGAGACGCGGCCCCAAAAAGAAGAAGAUGACCAAGGCGCGCCUGGAGCGUUUUAAGCUGAGACGCAUGAAAGCUAACGCCCGGGAGCGGAACCGCAUGCAUGGGCUGAACGCGGCGCUGGACAACCUGCGCAAGGUAGUGCCCUGCUACUCCAAGACACAGAAGCUGUCCAAAAUCGAGACACUGCGCUUGGCCAAAAACUAUAUCUGGGCUCUGUCGGAGAUUCUGCGUUCCGGCAAAAGCCCUGACCUGGUCUCCUUUGUACAGACGCUCUGCAAGGGCUUAUCCCAGCCCACCACCAACCUGGUUGCCGGCUGCCUGCAGCUCAAUCCUCGGACUUUUCUGCCUGAGCAGAACCAGGACAUGCCUCCGCACCUGCCGACUGCCAGCGCUUCUUUCCCGGUGCACCCCUACUCCUACCAGUCUCCGGGGCUGCCCAGCCCGCCCUACGGCACCAUGGACAGCUCCCAUGUCUUCCACGUCAAGCCGCCGCCGCAUGCCUACAGCGCAGCGCUCGAGCCCUUCUUUGAGAGCCCUCUGACUGAUUGCACCAGCCCUUCCUUUGACGGACCCCUCAGUCCGCCGCUCAGCAUCAAUGGCAACUUCUCUUUCAAACACGAACCGUCCGCCGAGUUUGAGAAAAAUUAUGCCUUUACCAUGCACUAUCCUGCAGCGACCCUGGCAGGGGCCCAAAGCCACGGAUCAAUCUUCUCGGGCGCCGCUGCCCCUCGCUGUGACAUCCCUAUAGACAAUAUUAUGUCCUUCGAUAGCCAUUCACAUCAUGAGCGAGUCAUGAGUGCCCAGCUCAAUGCCAUCUUUCACGAUUAGAGGCACGUCAGGUUCACCGUCCCUGGGAAACGAACCCACUGUGGUUACAGUGACUGUCGUGUUUACAAAAGGCAGCCCUUUGGGUACUACUGCUGCAAAGUGCAAAUACUCCAAGCUUCAAGUGAUAUAUGUAUUUAUUGUCGUUACUGCCUUUGGUAGAAACAGGGGAUCAAAGUUCCUGUUCACUUUAUGUAUUAUUUUCUAUAGCUCUUCUAUUUUAAAAAAAAAUACAGUAAAGUUAAAAAAAUGCACCACAAAUUUGGUGCAGCUGUAUUCAGAACAUAUUAAUUAUCUGAUCGGGAUAACAAAAUCACAAGCAAUAAUUAGGAUCUAUGCAAUUUUUAAACUAGUAAUGGGCCAAUUAAAAUAUAUAUAAAUAUAUAUUUUUCAACCAGCAUUUUACUACUUGUUACCUUUCCCAUGCUGAAUUAUUUUGUUGUGAUUUUGUACAGAAUUUUUAAUGACUUUUUAUAAUGUGGAUUUCCUAUUUUAAAACCAUGCAGCUUCAUCAAUUUUUAUACAUAUCAGAAAAGUAGAAUUAUAUCUAAUUUAUACAAAAUAAUUUAACUAAUUUAAACCAGCAGAAAAGUGCUUAGAAAGUUAUUGUGUUGCCUUAGCACUUCUUUCUUCUCUAAUUGUUAAAAAUAAUUGCACAAUUUGAGCAAUUCAUUUCACUUUAAAGUCUUUCCUUCUCCUUAAAAUGAUAACCAGAUCCAUAAUUCUUGAGGAUGAAUAAAAACAGAUGUAUUCCCUAUCAAAACAUAUCAAUUCAAUACAUUACUUGCACAAGCUUGUAUAUACAUAUUAUAAACAAAUGCCAACAUACCCUUCUUUAAAUCAAAAGCUGCUUGACUAUCACAUACAAUUUGCACUGUUUCUUUUUAGUCUUUUACUCCUUCGCAUUCCAUGAUUUUACAGAGAAUCUGAAGCUAUUGAUGUUUCCAGAAAAUAUAAAUGCAUGAUUUUAUACAUAGUCACACAAAUGGUGGUUUGUCAUAUAUUCAUGUAAUGAAUCUGAGCCUAAAUCUAAUCAGGUUGUUGAUGUUGGGAUUUUAUAUCUAUUGUAGUCAAUUAGUACAGUAGCUUAAAUAAAUUCAAACCAUUUAAUUCAUAAUUAGAACAAUAGCUAUUGCAUGUAAAAUGCAGUCCAGAAUAAGUGCUGUUUGAGAUGUGAUACUGGUACCACUGGAAUCGAUCUGUACUGUAAUCUUGUUUGUAAUCCUGUAUAUUAUGGUGUAAUGCACAAUUUAGAAAACACUCAUCCGGUUGCAAUAAAAUAGUAUUGAAAAUCUGAGCAAUUGUUGCAUUUCUUCUUAGAGUGUUUUUUUUUUUUAAGUAUAACUAAUUCCUAAGCAGGAUAGUUGCUUUACUUGCUGAGUUUAAAACAAAUACUAAAUUCUAUUUGUAGAAUAAAAUAAAAGAGAAAAGUUUACUUUAGCACAAACUGUCUAGUCUGUUUAUCUUGCUUAGGGAGUCACCAGCUCUUUGUACAUAAUGAAAGGACCACACUGGUAUUUCAUUACUUGGAAUAUGAGGCUGGGGUGGAGUAAGUGUUGUGGAGAGACAAACAGUUGUAUUUUUGUUUGGUUUUGGUUUGCAUUCCUUUAAAUGAUUAUGUUAUCUGUUUUCUUCUAUUUUUUUCAAAAGAUGGAUUUAGUUAAUUAUUAACAAGCAAGACACAAGUAACCUAGCUUAGUUUGUCUACAUAUUUUUAAAACAUAUUAAAAUUUUUUUCACCA